CCAUCAGUUAGUCAACGCCCACAAUCUUAGUCAGCCAGGUGACAGCUGAGGAAGCAGGGAAUCAUCACGUCUGAAGUCAACACGCAGCGUAGUAGGCACCUUAACGACCUCUGUCAGCGCUAAAUCAUAGUAUAAUCCAACAGCUUCUUAGUUGUGCUGCUUGUUGUGUCUUUAUAUGUACGGAAUCUGAAAGCCCCACUUCCGCUCACCGUUACAGAGCAGCUAGCUUGCAGCCAUUAGCAUUUGACGUUACCGGAGAAGACUCAGCGGGAGUUCCUGUCCAGGGAUCGUUCGGCAGUCACGGAACAAUGUCAGACCCGGCCGUGGAGGCGAAGGCGGAGGUGAAGCAGGCGAGCAAGGAGGUGAAGGAGAGCGAAAACGUAGCGGAAAAAUACUCAGCUAUGACCGUGAGCAAGAACAGCGAAAUGAUGAUGGGAGACCUGUCGCCUGCCUUCAGCGCGGUGCCCACCCAUAAACCAGUUAAAAAGCAAAUCCAGUUUGUGGCAGACAAACAGGAGUUCAGCCGGUUUCCUACCAAAGCAGGCCGUCGCUCCUUGUCCCGGUCCAUCUCUCAGUCGUCCACGGACAGCUACAGCUCCGCUGCGUCCUACACAGAUAGCUCUGAUGAUGAGACUUCACCACGGGACAAAACGCAGGUCAACUCCAAGGGCAGCAGUGAUUUCUGUGUAAAGAAUAUUAAGCAGGCGGAGUUUGGCAGGCGUGAGAUUGAGAUCGCAGAACAAGAUAUGUCUGCACUGAUCUCACUCAGGAAGAGAGCGCAGAGUGAGAAACCAUUGGCAGGUGCCAAAAUUGUGGGCUGCACUCACAUCACUGCCCAGACUGCAGUGCUGAUUGAGACUCUGGUGGCUCUCGGGGCUCAGUGCCGCUGGACCGCCUGUAACAUAUACUCCACUCAGAAUGAGGUGGCUGCUGCCCUCUGCGAGUCUGGGGUUGCUGUGUUCGCCUGGAAGGGGGAGUCUGAGGAUGACUUCUGGUGGUGUAUUGAUCGCUGUGUCAACACUGAGGGUUGGCAGCCUAACAUGAUCCUAGAUGAUGGAGGAGACUUGACGCACUGGAUGUACAAGAAAUAUCCCAAUGUAUUCAAGAAGAUCAGGGGUAUUGUAGAGGAGAGUGUGACUGGUGUUCACAGGUUGUAUCAGCUGUCUAAAGCUGGAAAACUCUGUGUCCCAGCAAUGAAUGUAAACGACUCUGUGACCAAGCAGAAGUUCGACAACCUGUACUGCUGCAGAGAGUCGAUUCUGGACGGCUUGAAGAGAACCACAGAUGUCAUGUUUGGAGGGAAGCAGGUGGUCGUAUGUGGGUAUGGUGAGGUUGGAAAAGGCUGCUGUGCUGCCCUGAAAGCUCUUGGCGCCAUCGUCUACGUGACGGAGAUCGAUCCCAUCUGUGCUCUGCAGGCCUGCAUGGAUGGAUUCAGGGUGGUCAAGCUGAACGAGGUCAUUCGCCAGGUUGAUGUCAUCAUCACUUGCACUGGGAACAAGAACGUGGUGACCAGAGACCAGCUGGACCGAAUGAAAAAUGGCUCCAUUGUUUGCAACAUGGGCCACUCCAACACUGAGAUCGAUGUGGCAAGUCUCCGAACCCCUGAGCUGACGUGGGAGAGAGUGCGCUCGCAGGUGGAUCAUGUGAUUUGGCCUGAUGGCAAGCGAGUUAUACUUCUAGCUGAGGGACGUCUUCUUAACCUCAGCUGCUCCACUGUGCCAACCUUUGUCUUGUCCAUCACAGCCACCACUCAGGCUCUGGCCCUGAUAGAGCUGUACAAUGCUCCAGAGGGAAGAUACAAGCAGGAUGUUUACUUGCUUCCCAAGAAGAUGGAUGAAUAUGUUGCCAGUCUCCACUUGGCUACUUUUGAUGCUCACCUGACGGAGCUUUCAGACGAGCAGGCAAAAUAUCUGGGCCUCAACAAGAAUGGUCCUUUCAAACCCAACUACUACAGGUAUUAGUCUACAAAGACCCACCUCAACAACAGCUGCAUGUGAAUGGCUCCCACCUUUAUCUUACCCUGCGACAAAAAAAAAUGAAUGACUAUUAUUUUAUACUCACACAGGAUGCAUGGCUUACAUUCAGUUGUAUUUUAGUGACUACGUCUUGUUUUAGAUUAUUUGCUGCAGACGCUGGCGAUUUAAAGUCAGUGUAACCUCAGCACCUAUGCUGUUUAUGAUUAUUUUACAAUUCUGAUAGAUGUUGAAUCAAUAUAUAAUUGUAUCAAUACGUUGUGCCAAAUGACUGUGAGAAGGAAAGGGGAAAGCCCUUGUGAAAUCUUACUACUUACAUUAGGAAUCAAUUUAACCAACAUGUGAUACUUGAUGGAAAUGUUUUAUCAAAUUCCUUCUUAGCUUCUUUUUUGGGGUUUCCUAUUGUUAGCAGUCUUUUCUAGAAAAGGCAAACGUCUCCCAAGCACUUGGACCAAACCACAGCAAGAGACCAGUAGAAAAUAUAGUUGUUUUAUAUUUAGAGUUGUGCUGGAUACUUAAGUUGCUUUAAAUCGAGCCAUACAAAUUUGAUUGGUGUAAACCAGUUUCUGUGAGUUAGGUUUAAUUUAAAAUGAUCUUUUUCUUCGAUGUGGCAGCCCUUAAUCCGAUACAUUCCUUACAGGUCAAAUGCCCUAUGCGCUGUCAACAUUCCAGCUAACAUUUAACAGAUCUGGGAAAUAAACAAUGUAAAUGGAUGCAGAAUAGCUCAACAUUUUUGAUGUAUUCAUUCAGGUUCUAGUGUCCUCACCACAGGACAUCAGGAUAUCUCAAAUCAUUUGAAAUGUGUUUUUACCACAUCUGCACUGCCAUAGUUUCCAUGUCUAAGCUCACUGUCAUUUAGAGAGGUAUUGGGUGUGGAAGAGUGUUUUCUAUUAUCUCUGAUCUCCUAAAUACAGUAUUAAUUACUGUAUAUGCAUAUUAAUUAGCUGGUAUGUUUUUAAAUUAAUCAGUCCACACUUGUACUGAGCUUGGACAUGAAUGUGCUUUGUUAUCAGUACAUUUUUCCAGCCUGUUAAAGUGCUACCUUUAUGUCUGUGCUACUUUGUGCUGCCACAAAUUUAGCUUCAUCAAGCUUAUUAUGAGAUUUAGUUGUUUAAACGCCUAUGGCACAGUUUUAUUGCUUGUUAAAUACACCAAGUCAACAGAUAUUUACUUAUUUUAAACUGUGUAGGUUACAGGCUGUUUUGGUGUCUUGGUGAAUGUUGCUAACACAUUUAGAGGUAGAUUUGCUGUACUUCACACAGGGUCCAUAGGCUGAUCUAAUUCCAGUUGACAUGAUUAUGUCAUUGCUGCUCUAUAAAGGUGUUGCUCAUUCAGUAUCUAUUUAAACUAACAAUCCAUUUGCAGUUCAGAUAAUUACAUAUUUGUAAUUGGUGUGAUUUUACUUUUCGUUUACCUGUUCAUCGAAUAGUAGACAUAGUUUGCUACUAUAACAAAACCUUCUUUUGCACUAGCAGCUUCUAGGGCUUUUAGUCAUGAUGUUCUGUGAGGACAUCAUUGUCAGCUAAAUGAGAGCUGCAACCAUGGUUACUGAUCAGUUGACAGUGCCUUGUGACUCACUUAGUAAUUUAUUUUCACACGUACAACUGUUCUAGCACGUACAACUGUGUCUCCAUGUGUGGUAAAAGCCAACAUGGUUUUUCUUCUGCAAUAUAUAUAUGAUGACAGCUAUGCAGCAAACAUGCUCUUUUUCCUUCUGUUAAAUGUGUUUUACUCCUGCAGUGGCAAAGAAUGAUUAAAUCAGUGUCAAAUUACUCAAUUAUACUUUGUCUAAGAAUAUAGUUUUAGACAAUAAUAGGCAAAGUUUUACACUAUGAUGUUCAAAUGUUCUAUUUACAUGAAUUUGAGGAGUAUUUUUAUUAAAGUUUUUUUUAUUUCAUUUAACAAUUUUAAAUCAAUGCCAUUAGAAUAUAUGCCUUUUUAAGAAAACUCUCUACCCUUAUAAUAUCAGUGGAUCAUUUAUCCUUCUAUUAACUCCACUGUGGAGACAAAUGAAUGUGUUAUUACUGGUUGGAGAAAACAGAUGGACUCUUCAGAUUGAAUUACAUCACCACACUGUCACUUGACUGUUUCACUGCUGGUUUGAAGUGUUUCACUUGGACAUGUCCGUAAGUGAUAUAUUUACUAUAAAGGUCUGUAUUUUCCAUAUUACAUCAUUGGUUUAAAGGACACAUUUUCAGCAGUGUACACCCUAAUAUGUGCACAGUUCACUUUAAUAAACUGCAGUUUAAAUUUGAAA